AAUCUGUGGUCAAAUGUCAAUGGAUAAAUAAUAUUUUGAUCGUGAUUUUGAUGAAUUUGGAUUUUAAAUAGUUUUCUUCCAUUAAUUUUUAAAUAAUUAUGUUAUCUUAAAUUUUGAUCACUGGUAAUGAAAGUGUAAAAAAUACGUGUAGUUUAUGUAGUCCACACUCUACAGUAGGCACAAGCCACUGCAACCACUAUUAGUAAAUAGAUGUGGUUUUUCGUAAAUUUCCAGUUUAUAAUUUAAUAGCAUUUCUUGCUCACAAAUCACAAGAAGGACAGUAAAGCAAGUACAAGUUUAUGUUGAUAUGUCAAAUAGUUCUCUAGGCCAAGCUCCCAAUAUGCCAACACUUGGAUCAUUGAACUCUCAAGGCAUUCAGUACGUGAAUAACCCACUUCAGAGCCCUCAAAUACAGUCUGCAUCAUUACAAGGUUCGCCUUCCCAGCACAGUCCAAUGGGCACCCAGCCUCAGGUUGGUUCAAAAGUAAAUCAGGGAGGCGGAGACCAGGCCUCACAGUACCUUACAAGACCUAGACUUCAGGAGCUGGUCAGGGAAGUAGAUCCCACUGUACAGUUGGAUGAGGAGGUGGAGGAGACACUGCUUCAGUUGGCUGAUGAUUUCAUUGACACCACUCUGACUGCUGCGUGCACCCUCGCCAAACACAGGCAUGCUUCCAAUGUGGAGCUCAGGGAUGUACAGAUAUAUUUAGAAAGACAAUGGAAUAUGUGGAUUCCCGGUUUCGGCAAUGACGAACUGCGGCCCUACAAACGUGCUGCAGUCACUGAGGCACACAAGGCUCGGAUGGCACUUAUUAGGAAAACUCUCAAAAAGUACUAGAUUAAUUUUAAUAUAAUGGUCAAAUUGUGAAAUAAACAAUUUAAGAAUUAAAUAA